AUGGCCCUGCAUCACGCCAGCGCUUCGCGCCAGCCGCUCCGCCUCUCUCCGCCGCUCGCCGCCCCUCUCCGCCGCCGUUUCUCCUCCGUGCCGCCGCCAGUGGCCGCGCUCGUGCCGCCCGGCGAGUGCCAGUUCGGCGAGGAGUGGGUGGCCGCGCCGCUGCUCGGCCGCGCGGACCUCAACCACGACACGCGCCUCUUCACCUUUGGGCUGCCCGAUCCCGGAAAGCCGCUCGGCCUGUCAACGUGCGCGUGCAUCCUGGCGCGCGGCGGCGCGGAGGGAGCCGAGCCCGUCGUGCGGCCGUACACCCCCGUCUCCACUAACGCACUGCUCGGCAAGUUUGAGCUGAUGGUCAAGGUCUACUCGGGCGGCCUCUCGGCCCACCUUGACGGCCUUCCGAUCGGGGCGCCGGUCGCGUUUAAGCACAUCCAGUUCAACGUCAAGACGCAGUACCCGUUCGGGAGGCGGCGCCUGGGCAUGCUCGCGGGCGGCACCGGCAUCGCGCCCAUGAUUCAGGCGCUGCACGCGGUGCUGGGCUCGGCCGACGACAGCACAGUGGUCGACUUGCUGUACGGGUCAAAGACAGAGCCGGACAUUCUCGCGCGCGACACGCUGGACGCCUGGUCGGCGGCGUACCCCGGCCGGCUCAACGUGACGCACGUCCUCUCCCACGAGCCUGCUGGGUCGGCGUGGGCCGGCGCGCGCGGCUUCAUCAGCGAGCCGCUCCUGCGGCAGGCGCUCACGCCGCCCGACGCCGACAGCGCCCUCUUUGUCUGCGGCCCGCCGCCGAUGUACGACCUGCUAUGCGGGCCGCGCGGGGAGGAGGAGCUGACCGGGCUGCUGGCGGACAUGGGGUACACUGCUGGCCAGGUGCACAAGUUCUAG